AAAGCAUUGAUCGUCUUGACUUUUUUCUUUUUCUUUUUUCUUUUCUCUCAAUUUUGUAUUAAAACACAAGCUAAUAUUCUUUAUUUUUUUGAACAAAAUGUCUUCAUAUAUAUCACGAUCUAAAAGCACAGGUGCCGAUACAUUAUUAAAAUAUCAACAAGACGAAAAAGAAGCAAUUGAUUAUUUAAAUUCAAUGUUGGAUAUACAAAUUACAGAACGACUUGACCAAGAACUGAGAGACGGCGUUUUAUUAUGCAAUCUGUUAAACAAACUGAAGCCUGGAACAGUAAAACAGAUUGGACAUAAGGAUUUAUCAUUUAUCAAAAUGGAUAACAUAACACGGUUCUUACAAGGAGCUCGUCAGUUGGGUUUAGACAAGUCUGAUCUUUUCGAUACAUUGGAUUUAUUCGAAGCAAGAAAUAUGGAAGCAGUCAUUCAUACAAUACUUGUCAUUUCAAAACUAACACCACAACAAAUCCUAUCGAGACAAAGAAAAAGUGUGACGAAUAACAACAAAAAACAGAGAAAGAAAGAUGCUUCUUUCAAUCGACCGCCUAAAUCACCUCUUCGCUUAUCUGCAGCUGAUAUAUAUUGUCCCAACAGAAGACACACGGCUCAUUUUGAACAGGAAAAUGUGCCAAAGGCGUCGAACAGACGAUAUUCAACACCAGAGAAUAAUACAUAUCCAAAUAGACACAAAGCGCUUCGAAAAAGAAAUGAUUCGGCUGUUGAAUUAUUGAAAGACGGAGAGGAUGAUGAUAAAAAAGAAAAAGUGUUGAUUUAUAAUAAGGAUGGAGUGAAUACACAUUAUCAACUAGGCAAUUGUAUUGGUAAAGGCCAAUUUGGAUGUGUGUACAGAGCGCUUGAUCUAGGUACAGGCGAGAUUGUAGCAGUCAAGAAAUUGUUUUUGGAAAAUGGUGAAUUAGACGAAGAAAUCAUGAAAGAAGUAUCCCUACUUAAAACAUUAUCCCACACCAAUGUCAUUCGAUAUCUUGGAUUUAUUCAAAACAAGAAUAGUGUCAAUAUCAUACUAGAAUACGCUGAAAAUGGUUCUCUCAAUUCCACACUGAAAGCGUUUGGCGCAUUUCCAGAAAAACUUGUAGCUUCAUUUUGUAUCAAGAUUUUGAAUGGUCUUGAAUAUCUUCACGCUAACCAAGUCGUUCAUUGUGAUCUCAAAGCAGCCAACAUCCUCACGACCAAGACAGGCGAUGUCAAACUAACCGAUUUUGGUGUAUCGCUCAACUUGAAGAUGAAAAGUGCAGAUGCUGGAAGCGUUUCGGGAACACCCAACUGGAUGGCACCAGAGGUCAUUGAGCUAAAAGGAGCUUCUACAAAAUCAGAUAUUUGGUCACUUGGUUGCACCCUGAUCGAACUUGUCACGGGUAAGCCGCCUUAUGCCGACCUGAUCUCCAUGUCUGCCAUGUUUCGCAUCGUUGAAGAUAAAUACCCGCCUUUGCCCGAUACUAUCUCCAAAGAUAUGCGCGACUUCUUACUUGCCUGUUUUCAAAAGGAUCCUCAGGCACGUCCAUCAGCUAGCCAAUUGAAGCAACACAAAUGGAUCGUCAAAAGCUUACAGCGCAUGAAAAAAUCAGAGACAUACGCUCAUGAACUGUCCAAUUAUCUACAGUCAUAUGCAUCACCAUUGGGUGAUGAGCACAGGAGAUUGUCUAGCUUUACGAGUAGUGAAAGUCAGGUUACUUUGUAUGACGAAACAGCAGCCGUGGACCAUUUGAAGACUUCUUUACUAGAGUUCAGCCAUGAUCAUAGUAGUAAUCAUCAUUUUAUUCAUACAUCCUUUGAAGUUGAAUGUAAAGUGUGUGGUGAUCUGUUGAAAGGUCAAUCUUUGUUUUGUGAAGUAUGCUCACUGAUAUGUCAUGAAGAGUGUAAGAAAACUGCCUUCUUGUGUCCUCCCAAGGUGAACGAUCAACAACCAUCCUACGAUGUAAGUGUAAAAAAAGAUGUGAAAACAAUAUACCUUAUAUAUAUUUCUAGUCUUCUGCAAAAAUAUACAACAGACGUCGUCCAUCGUCGCUUGAUUCCAAGGCCUGUAUGAUGAAUAACGCGCUCUUUCAUCAAUUAAAGCCAGAAGAUGCAGAAAGUAUUCGACAAUAUGUCUUGACUCUAGGUUUGACACCGCAGGAGCAGAAUGCAUUGAUCGCGAAUCAAGCUUUACUCUCUC